UAGUUUUUGCAUAAUCUUUAUUUGGCAUCGCAUUCCUGAAAUUACAUGACUUGCGCGAACUUCAGUUUCUGGUUGCGCCGACUGUUUUUACUUUCCGUUCUAAGAAGACAUAAACAAAGUAUCGUCAUUCAGUUUUUAAUGGCAUUAUGUCGUUAUAUGUGAUACCUAAUGUUGAACAUCAUGGUAUAAUAUCCAGUAACGAAAUGAACUCCAAGAAUUAUCAAAAGAGAUAACCUAAAUAAUUUUUGUGCGUAGUACUCUCAAAUAUAAUAAGAAAUUGAGAAUGAUAUAAACAAAUUGUGAAAUUUGAAAUUCAUUAACAUUGUCAAGAUAAUCAUUGAAACGAUUUUAUAUUUUGAUGUAACUAGAUGAUGUUCAUAAACCUCGUAUAUGCAACUACUUGUUCUUAUAUUUUACUUAUAAAUUUAAAUCUCAUUGUUUCAAGUGAACUUUCAUCAUGAAUGUUGAAGAAAAUAGAUUAAGAACUUUUUCUGACUGGCCAGUUAACGCAGCAGUUGAUCCUGCUCGAAUAGCAAAAGCAGGAUUUUAUUAUACAGGAUCAUUAUUGGAAGUGCAGUGUUUUUUGUGCGGAGCAAAAAUUUCAGAAUGGAAUUAUGGAGAUCAAGUUAUGGCAAGACAUCGACAACUUCAACCCAAUUGUCCAUUUGUUCAAAAUCCUUUAAAUACUUGUAAUGUGCCAUUGGUUGGAUCUCCUCAUGGUUCAUCAUCAAUACCACCAUUGUCUCCUGCAUCGUUACAACCAGAUACUGAAAAUCAAAGACCUAUAUCAUCUUUAGUUCAAAGUGAAAAUCCUCAAGUUGAAUAUCGAACUGAAGCACAACGAUUACAAUCUUUUACUAACUGGCCAAUUCCUUCAAUUAUAUCACCCGAAAGACUUGCUAAGUCAGGAUUCUAUUAUUUGCAGCAAGCUGAUGUGGUUGAAUGUGCAUUUUGUCGAGGAGUCAUAAGGAAAUGGGAAGCUGGUGAUGAUCCUGAUAGAGUACACAGAAUUAGUUUUCCCACUUGUGACUUUUAUAUGCAUCAGGAUGACAAUGAAGUGGUGUCUGCAGAAAAAGUGGAGCUGGGCAAUGUAAAAUUGUCGCCCGGCGCUACUUCCAAUUUUAAAGAACUGGGCAUACAAGCACAUACUGCACCACGUCAACCAAAACAUGCUACAUUUGAAGGAAGGUUACGAACGUUUCAAGGAUGGCCAGAAAAUCUCAGACAAACACCAGAAAUGUUGGCGCAAGCGGGCUUUUAUUAUGUUGGUUCUGGUGAUCAAGUCAGAUGUUUUCAUUGUGAUGGUGGCCUGCGUAAUUGGGAAGUAACAGAUGAUGCAUGGACUGAACAUGCAAAAUGGUUUCCAAGAUGCGGAUUUGUUGCUCUUGUUCGGGGUCAAGAAUUCAUAAGACAUUGUGUCGAGAAUAGACCUUCCUUGGAUCCAUCGAUAUUUGAGGGAGUGUCAGAAGACGAAGGAGGUGAAGUUUCUGAAACUCCUCCAGUUUCACUUUCUACCGUUUCACCACUUCGUGUACGACAAGUAACAGAAGCUGAACUAGAGGAACUUUUAAAUACAUCUCCAGCUCUAGCAGCUUUAGAAGUUGGAUUACAUGUAGGAAGAGUGAAAAGAGCACUUAAAAAAAGAAUGGAAACAUACGGGGUGCCGUAUACGAAUCCAGAUCAGCUUAUUGAAGACGUGCUGCAUAUACAGUGUAGAGAAGAUGAUAACAUUAGUACCGAGAGCCAUACACCUGAUUCACCGUCGAGUGAAUUGACUAAUUUAUUAAGCAGUAUAAUAAAUGCGGAAUCAUCGCGCAGUUCACAGAUGCAAAGAAAUCAACCUGACAAUGUUGUCAUGACCGUAGAUACUGUUAAAGAUAAUACAAAACAAGGUGCUAACUUAGUCAUAAAUAAAGAAACUAAGGAUGAUGCGGAUGCAAAGAAAAUUACUGACAAGAAGAAGAAUUUAAAAGAUGAUGAUGAAUCAUCGUCGCUGCAAGAGGAGAACAGGAGACUGAAGGAAGCUCGUUUGUGUAAAAUAUGCAUGGAUCGAGAAGUUGCAGUAGUUUUCUUACCAUGUGGGCAUCUUGCAACCUGCGUACACUGUGCUCCAUCCCUUACUCAUUGUCCAAUGUGCAGACAAGAAAUACGAGCCACCGUUCGUACUUUCUUAGCUUGAAAUUUAACAAUAAUUUUUAAAUUAUUUUAAAAAUUCACACCGAAUUGAUUUCGUUCAAUCUCAAGGAUGAUCUUUUUAUUGAGAUAUAUUAUUAUGCAAUACUUAUUACGGUUUUCAUGAAAAAACACAUCAGUCGUGCUUCCUGGAUGGAACGCGGCCAUUAGAAUUGGAGUCCUGAACUAAGUAGUUGCUUUUAUCAAUAGAGGAUUGCAUAGAUAGAUAAACGUUAAAUUGAUGAAUUCAAUGUUGUUUGAUCAAUUAACUGAUCUACCAGAAAAAAUUAUAUAUGCAUUAAUAUCCAUCACUCACUAAAGAAUAAUGGAAUAAAAUUUGUCAACAAGAAAAAUGAUUGACCGAUGAUAAAUGACAAAACAAGUGUAUGUUGUGCUGCUUGUUCUUUUAUACUAACAUUAUAUAUUUCCUGCGUCCAGAUCAAAGUGCUUUCCUUUAUUGUCUGAAGAUUUCGUAUUACACGUAAUAUCCAUUAUUAUACACAUACCGUACUGAAAAUUAUAUAUUGCAAAAUUGAUAUUCAAGAUAAUCAAUAUGAGUAAUAUUUAACUAUUGAGAAAACGCGAAGAACAGUCAACAUUCGAUACAUUUGUAUUUAAAAUGGAAUUUUCAUCCAGGUUUAUCAUUAAUUCGUGACACUGUUUUCACAACUGCACUCGUAAUAUUUGCAUAAUGUGAUCCCUUAAAUACAAGACUGCUGAAAAUGUGAGAAAUUCUAUGUAUCUAUGUUGCAAACUCAAAUGACUAUAUAUCUUCAAAAGAGUAUACUAAGAUUCUUCAUUUAAAACAAAUGUGUUUCCAAUCAAAUAUCAAAUAAUACUAAAUAAUUACAUGAGCUAACUACCAUUUGAAAGAAAUAUCUCAAUACUGUCACUUGUGUUCCACCUGUAAGUUAUCAAAAGGAAAAAGUUAGCCUUCGCAAUGUAUUGCUGUCGAAUAAAUCUUUAACCAAUCUAGGAACAUGAUACAUUAGCUGUAGAAUGUACGUUUAUGAUAUUACAAAUUACGUGUAAAUCCUCUACAAAAGACAAGUGUCAUAGAGCUUAAGUAUUUUAUCUACAAGACAGAGUCAGGGCUGACACGGUAUACUAAAAAUUAUUUAAAUCUGUUUUCCAUAGUUAUAAGAGACCUUAUUCACGUGUUAUAUUAUAAUGUACUAACGAACCCUAAUAUGCACUAUUUAUUUUUUGUGAGCCUAUACUAAUUUAUUCUGUUAAAUAUAGACAUAUAUAUAUGUGAAUGAUAUUACUAUUCAAUGUUGACUAACAAUGUACAUGAAUAUAGAAGUCUUCGAAUGGAGAACGUG